AGUACUCAGCCGUGUCGUCGAGCGUGCUCGCGUGUGUAAUUGCACUAAUAUCGCUCUCAUCUCCGCUGCAUAUUACUUCUCACUGCACUAUAAACCGGUGCUUAUCUCCUACUGCUACUGAGACAAAUUGUGCUUAAGAUAACUGUAUUUUUUUUCUUGGCAACUUUAUUUAUUUGCUCGAGGUUCAUAAUAAUAAAUGUCUCACUUCACUGGUCACUAAAUCAACUUUUAAGCCUUAAUGAGUCGAGCAAACUAUUAUUGACAUUGAUAUUCUCAGUAGAAGAACACAGUGUUGAUGUUAACAUAUUCUUAAAUGCCUUAAAAACUCGUUGCGUCAUCGUUGGUAAAAAGUGGAUGAACGAAAAUGUACUCAGUCUACGAUUUUAAGGACCAAUGAAUAGAGGUCAGACAUUAAAAUAUUUCAAGAAUAAAUCGAGACUAAAUUAGAAUUUAGAAAUCAUAAUUUAUUUUUUUAGUUUAAAAAUCCUCAAAAUGGUAUUUUAAAAGCUUUAUAGAAUAUGAAGAUAAUAUAACUUUUAAAAUGUUGAAAUAAAUGUAGAUUAAUAAUAAAAAGAAAUAUUCAGGCACUAAUAAAUUAUUUGAAACUACAUAUAUGUAGUUCGACGUGAAACUUCGCUGGCUUAGACUGCUUGAGUUAUAUGUUUCUAGACUUCAGAAAGCAAUUUUCAUAUUAACGUUUGAAUAUAUAAUAAUCUGGCUUUAACAUGAAACUCUACUUCUAGACAUUUAUUUCAACGUUUAAAAAGACAUUAACUUUAAAUUAGGUCGAUAUAAAAAUGAUGAACUAUGGACGACAUAAAUAAUUAAGUACCUCCAUCUAUAAAAACUAAAUAAGUCACAAAAACACACAUUUAUGAAAGCACUAACCAUUUUGAUGAAAGUUAUAUAAUUUUCAAACUGCGUAACAAAAUAAAAACCUUGUGAAAUGGAGAAAAACAAUUAUUUCUCCCGGCGUGGACAUCAAACAAACAAACGUGACAAUUUCCUUUAACAGAUACCUAAUUAAUUACUAUAACAAACAGUCUCAAGACAAGGACAAACCAAACGCAAGCUGUUAAUAAAACUCCCAUUAGUUGACGAUUCGCUUCUAUUUUUUUAUGAGUAACAAAAAGCCAGCUUGGCCGAACACUUCAAUAUCCAUUACCGCAUGACAGCCAGUGCAGUGCUGUGCAAACAGCCAGGACAGCGCCGCGUCAGCGCUGCAGCGGUGCAAGGCAGCGGCUUACGGACCACUACACACACUAGUUAAAGCUAAAUGAUCUUUAGUUUGUAGGGAUUACUUUGUUGUAGAAAAUAAUCUCAGUACGUGAAGAAAUGACACGUAUUUUUGCGAAACCAAGAUAUCGUUCUUAUUUCUCAAUUUAGAAUCGAUAGUAAAACCUAUGACUUACACAUUUUACUAACUAAUAAGUCACCAUUUAUGGUCACUUGGGAGACACUUCGGGCGUCGGGGAUCGCGCGACGUUUUCCGGCUAUUAUAAGUGCGGGUCUGCUGAUGGCGAACACGAGUAGCUCGUCGCUCUACCAGAACCCAUGCAUAUGCAUUUUUAGUCAGUAAGAGUCUGACACUCCCAUUGGAUGAUUUUCCCCCUCAAAUAAAGGGGCAUAUGGAAUAGAGUCAAAAUAUUCAAUGUUGGUUAUAAAUUUGAAUAAACAAUCCAAAUCAAAUGUUUAAAGUAUUUUUAUCAAAUUCACAGUAGUGAUUUGAAACGUACAUCGCUAUACGCUAUUUCCAAAAAUUGCCACGAAAACUUAGAAAUACUUUACAACGAGACAACGGUCGCGGUGUGUAAAUGUCAGACCGCUAUUAAUUUUGCACCACAACCCUACAACUGAUGAGCCCUCAACCAGGCUCAGCUAAAAUAAUUAACAAUGUCUCGAUUAUUGUGGUUUUCUCAUCAGCGUUAUUUUCAAUUCAACCUUACUUUAUAAUAAUAGAGAUAACGUAACUAGAAAUAGCUCGAGACUUAAUGAAAUAAUUACUUACAGCACUCGAAAGAAGUGGAUUAAAAGCAAAUAAUAGUCGUCUGAUUGGAUUAUCAAUAAUCGUUCGAUUACUAACAGUCUCGACUCGGUCUAGAGGCGUACAGCUCGUCAAUCAAACAAUAUUUCCAAUACAAAAUGACAUUGAACCUUACGCCGUUAAAAUACCUUCUGUUCAUUGAAAAUAUUACAUGUGUGUUCAGAAAUUAUUCACAUUUAACAAGAUGUGCGCGUAUUCUCACCUUCGCGUGGUUCCUUCUAGAAGUCAUCUCCAUUUUGACCAACGCUUUGGUCAAUUUCGCGUUAGAAGAUGAAAUUCACAUAAGGGCACAACGCAUCUAUUUCCUAACAUCCAUCGGCUUCUCUCUUUACGUAAUGGUUGCGGCCGUGUAUUACUCGAAAAAGUUUUACAGUUUGCUUUUAAAUUUCGAUGCGUUCUACAAUAUUUUCGACGAUAGAAUUUACAACCAAACAUUGUUGAGGGCGCAAAAAGUUCUGACGGUAACCAUCGUUUCAUUUUGUUUGAUGAAGAUAGUGACGUCGACAGCGGUGCGACUGAGCAACCGGAGGGGCACGGAAAAUAUGUAUAAAGCAAUUUUGUAUAAUUACAACUUUAACUUCACAGAUUUCCGUUACUUAUUUGAAUAUUUCGUGUUGUAUUCUAUUUUGUUCGUGAUUUGUGAGCAACUGAGGACAAUCACGCGAUCAAUAGACAGAGAGAUGUCGCUGUCGAGAGAGAGGCGCGAGAAUGUAGAACACGCGGGAGAUUUGUCGAGCGCAACCGUCAGUCACGACAAGAUUAAUAAAUGGGUGAAAGCGUAUGAAAAUAUUAACGACACCUCGAAUUUAUGCAACGCAAUGUUUAGCAUACAGUUGACUGUAAUGAUAUUGAUAGUGACUGUGUAUUACAUAAUACUGAUGUAUAGCAUCACGUUAAUAUCCGUUGAGGGCAGCCAAACAAUGACGACAUCAAUGUUUGCACACUUUUUCUCAAUGGCUGUAUUCCUGAUUGCGCUGUUCGUCAUAUCGCGCGCUGGACAGAAGGUGCAGAACAGCUCUCUGCAGCUCAGGCAGAAGCUUUGUGAACUCUGUGUCUACACUCUAGACAAUGAAGAGUGCUACAAGCUGGCCAAAGAUUUACUGCGUUGUGUGCGCACGCGCCCCGUCCGUAUCCACGUGUUUGGGACCCUUGACGUGGAAAUGUCAAUGUUACCUUCGAUCGUGACAUUCUUCACAACAUACACUGUCAUAGCGCUACAGUUUAACAACGUCUUGUAAUUACAUUGUGAAAUAGUUUGGGUUCAAAAUUGUAAUAAGUUAUCAAGUACUAUCUUGAUGGUGAAAGUAUAAAUUGAAAAAUGUUGAUAAAUAA